AUGGAAGUCAAUCCCCACAAUUUGCAUCGUUCUACAGACGCUGAAAAUAGCGACGCAGAAUACGAUCCCGCAAGUGGCUCCACUCCAUUGCAUGCCGAGACUGGUCUCAAGACGGAGGCUGCGUAUGACUCUGAUACUCUGCUGCUGCCACAACAAGAAGACCAAAUGAUUACUAAUGACACGAAGAAAUAUCUGACAGAACAGGGUGGCUCAGCUGAAAAAUAUCAGGAAGAACUUGAAAUUGUUGAACCGUGUACUGAGAACCAAGGUGAGCAAGGUGACCUUUCAAAACUGCAAAUGAGCAAUGAUGAUGACGAUGAUGGAAACAAACAAGCCGAAUCGUUGAUUCCUGAAGAAUUGAACGCACACUAUAACGAUAACGAUGACCAAAGUAAAGAACAAGCUGAUGUUGCAUCGAAAAGCAAUGAUGAUAUUUACGAGCCAGAUAUGCCAACUUCACGCUCAGAAAUUUUGAUACAAGGGCAAGUAGAAGACUCUAACAAGCUCGACAGCGAGAACUACAAACCUGAAGCAUCAAUUAACGAUGAAGAUGAUUAUGACCCCGAGCUAGAUCAAAAGCCGGUUGGCCCACCUUCCUUGCCUAGCAGGCCUCCUACAGGAUUACCUCCAAAACCGGCACAGACUGCCAAGUCAGUCCCAUCCACAACUCUCAUAAGCAAUCAGGGAGAGAUGGCAAAAGCGCUACGUGAUGCAUACAAUGCGUUCAUGCACAGCGACUUUACUAAUGAUCCAGAGUUUCUGCAAUUGCCGCAAGAGGAACAAGUUAGGUCAAUUCAAGAGCUUUUGAGUGAACGUGGAAUUGAUUUGAGUAAAAUAAAUUUUGAUCAAGUUUAUUCCUACAACAAACCUUUUAAGCAAUUAAAAGAUCCUAUUCCUUUGGUGCCAGUCAGCGAGUUCUGUCGUCGUCCAAACAUUACGGUGCCACUGACACCCGAGGAGGAGAAGGAAUAUGAGGAGUUUAUUGAAAGGGAAAACUACUACAUGAAUCUACAAAAUUGGGAUGAAUUUCCCGAUAAGCUGAGAUUGUUUGUUGGAAAUUUGCCUGCAAACACUGUAUCAAAACAAGAUUUAUUUCGGAUUUUCAAUAAAUACGGAGAAGUUAUUCAAAUAGCCAUCAAGGCUGGAUAUGGGUUUGUUCAGUUCCGGACUGGGGAAGCUUGUUUGGAAUGUGUCAAGGGGGAGACAGAUGUUCCUAUACAUAACAAAGUGUUGAGAUUAGAUGCUUCAAAACCACAGAAAUCAAGAAGACCAGGCCAUCCCGAGGUCAAUAACCCCAAUUUGAGCUCACGUGGAAGAGAAAGACCCAAUGCAGAGGAGCCCGUUCCAAAAAGAAGAAAGGGUGAUUUUGAUUGUAUUGUUUACACUACCGGGAAAUCUUCAGUAUUUUUCAUAAGACAAGUCAAGAAGGCGUUUGCUAAAUGUCAGGUGCUGAUUGAAACUGAGGAUGUGACGCAAAAGAACAUCAACGAAGUGCUUAGUGAAGCCGCAUAUGCAGGAUAUUUAGGCGCUUGCGUCAUUAAAGAGCAUAAAGUUGAUGUUCAAACCUAUGAAGAGCAACCUAAUGGUGGAAUAAAGUUUGAUGAAUAUGCUGAUAUUGACCCGGAAGAAGCAGCUGAAGUCAUGUCCAAGGCAAAGCUCAAUAAAUAUGGCGGUAAUCCUCCACCGUACUAUCCUCCGGAUACCAACUACUUUGAAAAUGUACAAGAUAGGGGCAACAGGCAGCACGAUCGUGAUAGAAAUAGAGGAAAUUUUGGUCGCAAUAAUAGAAGGGGUAAGGGAAAACAUGGACAUCAAAACAAUCCUGGGUAUGUCCACAACAACUACGAUCGUCAUAGAAAUAACUACACACAGCAACUGUGGCCAAACUUGAGUCAACAACAACUGUUCUUGCCACAUCAGCAACAACCUUACGGCCAAAUCCCUCAAACUCAAUUUUCUCAAUUUAGCCAACUGCCUCAAACUCAGGGCCAGUUCACCCCCUCCCCAUACGGAUUUCAACAACCUCACCAACAACCAGUUUACAACCAGUAUAGUUCCCCGCAGCCACCAUCGUUGAACCUUAACCAACCAAAUCUUGCCCAGGCAUUGCAAUCUCUUAACGCAGACCAAGUGCAAAGCAUGAUUAAUCUUUUGCAGCAACAGCAACAACCAGUACAGCAAGGAAUGCCAUCUCCUCCUCCAUUUUCUUUGCAAAAUCAUAAUCCAGUUGUUUCCAGGCCAGCACAAGGAUCAGCCCAUGUACCGGCACCAGCUGCAUACGGACAACCGCCCCCUUUAAACUACGGUGAUCGGGGAGGUGGAAGACGAGACCAAAGCCACGGAUUGAGGAGUCGUCCUUAUGGCAAUGUUCCACAGCCUCAUCAGAAUCCUUCUCUCCUGACAAACGCUAAUCAAUCAGAUAACAGCGCGAGAGCAUUACUUUCCCAAUUACAAGCAGGGACUUAUAACCAAGGGCCCAACUCUCAACAGCCAGGUUCAAAUAGCGCCCUCAUGGAAACAUUACGUAAAUUGGCCAGAAGAUAA